AUGGCGAAGGACUUGGAUGAUAAAGUUGAAUCUAAGUCAACUACCAUACCGAAAACUUAUCAAAGAUUUAUGGCAAAAAAUGCGCAAAAUAAGGCAGCCCGACUUCCCUCAAAAAUCAUAUUUGAGAUUUGUAGCUAUCUUCAUCCUAAAGAUCUUUAUUCAUUAGCGUCUGUGUGUAAAAGGUAUAGGUCAUUAUUAUGGUCAAAAAAACCUGCCACUCAAGAAGUUUGGAAAAAUUCAAGAAUUCAAUCUUUUUCUCUUCCAACUUUUCCUCCACCCGAUGGAAUGUGCGAACAACAGUACAAUUGGUUGUUGGCUGUAACACAAAAAUGUCAAUAUUGUGGGGAAAAAGAUAUGUUUAAAUUAGCCUUACACUGGGAAUUUUCGUCAUAUUGCUUCGACGAAUGGAAAGUACCUGAACAAAUAUUACUUUGUCUAGUGCCACUUCAAUCCCCACCGCAGCCAAGAAAAACAUAUUACUUGAUUUCUGAUGUAAUACAAACAAUCAAUGAAUUUCACGAAUUACCUGAAACUAUUAACGGAGACGAAUGGCUUGAAGAAACACAAGAAGCAGCUUUACAAAAAACUAGAAUUUGUGAAAGAUAUAGAGUGCAACUUGAAUUAAUUAGAUAUAGUAAGAGAGAGAGGGUUCAAAGAAUAUUAAGGAGAGGUGGAAGAAGCGCGAAUCAACUUUAG